AUGAAGAAACGGGAGAGUUUUUUAUACCAUGCAGGGAAUGCAGUCAGAAAUGUUACAUUAAACAUGCGCAUUCCUCCAGCAUUCGUUUCGAGGUUUUCAAACGACCCAGAUGAACAUAUGGUGUUGGAAGGCCCAGAUGGGCAGAAAUGGGAUGUACAAUUAUGGGGUUCUAUAAAUCAAUUGGAAUUCCGACAGGGUUGGAAAAAUUAUGUAGAUUUUCAUGGGCUGGAGAUGGGAGAUUUUCUAGUGUUUGACUACAUUUCAAAGUCCUAUUUUAAGGUUAAGAUAUAUGAUAGAACAGCGUGUGAGAAAAAACUCAAUGCUCGUCAUUUUAUGAAUAGCAAUGUUGAUAGCCCUUCUGACAAAGUGGGUAGCUCAAGUCGGCGUUUUUGGUCAAUUAAAAUGAAGUCGCGGAAUGAAAGCUUUGGCCAGCUAUGCCUGCUGGUAGGAUCAAAUUGUCUGCUUUCUGUGCUUAUUAUCAUGUUUUAA